AUGCUCUUCAUCUUCGAAGUUAUGUUUCAAAUUUCAGCAGCAUUCCUCUUUUUGUUUGAUAUCACAUUGGCCAAAAACAUUGCUGCAAUCUUCGUUUUUGGAGAUUCCAUGGUUGAUGUAGGAAACAACAAUUACAUCAAGACAAUUGCAAAGGCAGCAUUUCCAAAUGGAAUUGACUUUGGCCUGAGAGGUUCCUCUGGAAGAUUUACUAAUGGUAGAACAGUGAUUGAUAUCUUAGAAUAUAAUUUGGGUGUCAAAAAUUUCACUCCUCCAUACUUGGCUCCAACCACUACCGGUGACAUGGUUCUAAAAGGAGUCAACUAUGCUUCCUCUGGAUCUGGUAUUUUGAAGAACACUGGAACAGUCUGGGGUGGUCAUAUUAGCUUUGACGAACAAAUCAGUAACUUUGAGGAAACUAAGAAAACAAUUGUCUCAAGAAUCGGCAGGCGGGAAGCGAAAAGACUUCUAAUGCAUCAGGCUCUGUUUAUGGUUGUUACUGGUGCAAAUGAUUUCUUAAUUGGGCAGCAAAUGACUUCCUUGCAGAAUCUAUCGUCUCAAGAAGCAUACUUAAACAUUCUAACGUCAAAAUUCAAGUCCCAACUUACAAGAAUUUAUCAUCUGGAAGCUAGGAAGAUUGUUGUGACAAAUAUUCCAAGAAUUGGGUGUAGCCCUUAUGAGAGAGAUACUUAUCCUGAUGUAAAAGGUUGUGUUGCUUCUUUAAAUCAGCCAAUCAAGUCAUACAACAGUGGACUGAAGAGCCUGCUGAUGGAUCUUACAGCAAAUCUCACGGGUUCAACCUAUGUUUAUGCAGAUAUUCAUGCAAUGCUGGAAGAUAUCCUUCAGAAUUACAAAUCAUAUGGAUUUCAAAAUGCAGAUUCUGCAUGCUGUCACAGUGCUGGAGCUCAUGGGGGUUUAGUCCCCUGCUUUUGGUUAUCUAAAUUGUGUUCCAACAGAACCAAGUACGUCUUCUGGGAUGCAUUCCAUUUGACAGAAACUAGUAAUAUAAUUGCAGCAAGGUAUAUGAUGGAUGGUGGCCUAAGUUACAUGUCUCCUAUGAACAUCCGGCAAUUAGUGUAUUCCUGAGCUGUUCAUCGUGAUGAAAUGAAUGGGACAGGAAGGAUUUUGAAUCACAAUUGUUAAAUUGAUUUUGCACAGCUCCAUCACAUACAAAGAAGGAAGAGAUACAAAAUGAGACUUGGUUUAGUAAAAGGAUAUCGUAGACCCUGGAAAAUCCUAGAGAUGCUCUCCUAGAAAGAUGAACUGCAGCUUUUAUCCACAAGGUUGAUUGAUUCUCCUUCAUUUUUUUCUAUCGAACAAGGUUUAUAUUUAAUGGACCGUCUGUAUGUAGAAUCUAUACACCGUCAUUAGUUAGCUUUCUUAUCAAAAUAAAAUGUCAAUGGUUCCAGCUGUAAAAUGCAAAUGCAAGUCUGGGUACCAUGUAUAUUAGGCAUCCGGUGAGUCAGCUUACUAAUAUUGUCAGCUUGUCAC